UAAGUACUAAAAUGGAAUCAAUCAAACUCAAAAUAAGAAACGAACUGUUUGACCACUGAGUGUAUCCAAAUCAAGCGAAACUUUCUGAGCAGAGCUUGUUGUCCCUAUUUAAGGCUUUGCAUAUUAUUAGCACUGUACACUACAAGAUAACUAUUUUUCAAUGGAUUGAACAAGCUCUAAAGCAUAUCCCAUCGAUGACAGUUGCUGAAGCAGAGACCUAUUUUAAAACAUAUGCUAUUCUUCUAUCAAGAUUUGAAAUGGAAGGAACAGAGAUUGGAGAUGAAGAGGUCAAAAUUGAUAAUCCAGCCACUAUAGAGACUGUAGAUGUCAGAUGAUUUGCCCUUUUCAUGUUUAUUCAACUCUUCAUACAUGGAACUAAGGAUUAUACAGUCACUCAUAAUAAUUACACGAAUACAGCUUGGCCUGGAGCAAAGGGUAGUGGACCAGGAUCUAACAGUCCGAUUGCGUCACCAAGAUCGAAGGCAACGAAGGUUGCAUACACUAGCAACGAGACUUCUAUCAUUUUACACUUUACUAAGACGAAUUUGAGAUUGAUUCUAAAGCUCAUUGCUUCUGAGAUUCAUAAGAAGGAGGAUAUCUCCCUUAACAAAGAUGAGCUAAAUGCGCUGAGAAUCAUCAUGAAAGUUGAAGAAGGAGGUAUAGAAACAAAGGACCCAAUCAGUAGACUUUGUCCCUUAUUUAUUGAUAAUUCCAAAGUACCUCUGAUGGACUUGCAUUUAUGGAUAAGCGAAAACCUUUGAGACAAAGAGCCAGACGCAGAACUAAACAUUAAAAAUCUCACAUAUUGUGUAACCAUUAGGGAUGAUGAGACUGUUGCUAAGAAGGACAUCAGAUUGCAGGAUUGUGAGGAUUCUUACAUUUAUCUCGACUCAGCUGUGAAUUCUGUUUCUAUCUCAUAUUGAACAAACUGUACAGUAAUGAUCGCUGCAUGUGAAAUGUCAGUAACUAUAGAUAAAUGUGAAAAGACUCAAGUCUCUGUUGCAUCUAAUUUUGUAAGAAUUGGAAAUUCUAUUGACUGUACUAUCUCAGUUUACUCUGGAACAAAUGUCCCAUUUCUAUAUGGUGACAAUAAAAAUGUAAUUCUAGGACCCCAUAAUGUAGGCUAUACAACCUUGAGUGAUCACUUAAAGGCUGCGAAGAUACCUGUACAUACAUCCUUGGUAAAAUAACUUCUCAAAGCCAACACUCGCCAGCGGGGAGAAAUCAACAUUUGCCAUUUUAGAAGAGGCUGAAUUUUUAAAAUUAUGAAUGCCCAGUAAAGAAUUUACAGAUUCAUUACUCCUACUGACACCCCAGACCUACCUUGAUGCAUUAAUGGCUCGAAGUGAGAUAUUUGCCAAGUUGCAAGAGAAGAUAUCAGCAGCAGAUCUCAGUAGUGAUGAAGAGAAAAUGCUACAUGUUGCCAUACAGGGAUACUUUAGAGAAUGGCUUGUUUCCAAUAAUCACCAGAAGAAAUUAAGCAAUUUGUUAUGUAUUUUAGAAUAAAGAAGCCAAAUACCACAUUCAA